AUGAGUAAUGUGCCCAACAAGGAACUAUUGGAUAUGCAGCAUACGGCCUUGACUCGAGUGAAGCUCAACUUCUUGGACCAAAUUGCCAAGUUUUGGGAGUUGCAGGGGUCUAUGCUCAGAAUUCCCCAUGUGGAGAGAAAGAUUCUGGAUCUCUAUAUGCUCAGUAAGAUUGUGUCGGCAGAAGGCGGCUUCGAGGUGGUGUGUAAGGAGAAGAAGUGGUCCAAAGUGGCAAACCGGAUGGGUUACCCACCAGGAAAGGGAACGGGGUCACUCCUACGCUCCCACUUUGAGAGGAUCCUGUACCCCUAUGAACUUUUCCAGUCUGGAGCCACCCUGACGGGAAUUCAGAAGCUCUAUGAGGAGGCAGAGGACAGAGAGGAGGGAGAGGAGGGCAUAGAAGGGGCUGGUGAGGAAGAGGACGAGGAGGAGGUGUUGUGUCACCGGACCCAGGCCAAAGACCCCCUGGUUCCCACAUUACAACCAGCCCCUGAGCGACGUUCCAGGCGUCUGAAGUCUGCUGAGCAAGAUAACAAGGAGCUGAAGAACCUGCCUAUCUUUGGUACAAACCCUAAAAUGGUGGGACUGGAAAUUGUUCCUGCAGAUGAAGGUUUUGCCAAGAAACAGCGUCACCUCAAGUCUCAGGGUUUUGCCAUUAAGAUGCGGCAGCGCAAGGAGACUCUGGAAGUUAACUUUAUCGACCUGUACGUGUGUCUGGUGUGCGGCCGGGGCGACGAGGAGGACCGGCUGCUCCUGUGCGACGGCUGCGACGACAGCUACCACACCUUCUGCCUCAUCCCGCCCCUGCAGGACGUGCCCAAGGGGGACUGGCGCUGCCCCAAGUGCGUGGCGGAGGAGUGCAGCAAACCACGGGAGGCAUUUGGCUUCGAGCAGGCGGUGAGGGAGUACUCCCUGCAGAGCUUCGGCGAAAUGGCAGAUCAUUUCAAGUCUGACUAUUUUAACAUGCCUGUGCACAUGGUGCCCACCGAGCUGGUGGAGAAGGAGUUCUGGCGGCUGGUGAGCAGCAUCGAGGAGGACGUCAUCGUGGAGUACGGCGCCGACAUCAGCUCCAAGGACGUGGGCAGCGGGUUCCCGGUGCGCGACGGGAAGAGGAAGCUGCUGCCGGACGAGGAGGAGUAUGCGAACUCAGGCUGGAACCUCAAUAACAUGCCCGUUCUGGAGCAGUCGGUGCUGACCCACAUCAACGUGGAUAUCUCGGGCAUGAAGGUGCCCUGGCUCUACGUAGGCAUGUGCUUCUCCUCCUUCUGCUGGCACAUUGAGGACCACUGGAGCUACUCCAUCAACUUCUUGCACUGGGGAGAGCCCAAGACGUGGUACGGCGUGCCGGCCCACGCUGCCGAGCAGCUGGAGGCGGUCAUGAAGAAGCUGGCUCCCGAGCUCUUCGACUCCCAACCCGACCUGCUCCACCAGCUGGUCACCAUCAUGAACCCCAACAUCCUGAUGGAGCACGGGGUGCCCGUGUUCAGGACGAACCAGUGUGCAGGAGAGUUUGUGGUGACCUUCCCGAGGGCCUAUCACAGCGGAUUUAACCAGGGCUAUAACUUUGCUGAAGCCGUCAACUUCUGCACUGCAGACUGGCUGCCAAUGGGGAGACAAUGUGUGGCUCACUACCGCCGCCUCCAGCGGUACUGUGUCUUUUCCCAUGAGGAGCUGCUCUGCAAGAUGGCGGCCGACCCGGAGAGUCUGGAUGUGGAGCUGGCGGCCGCUGUGUUCAGGGAGAUGGGGGAGACGAUUGAAGAGGAGACCCGACUCAGGCAGGCCGUCCAGCAGAUGGGCGUCCUGGCCUCGGAACAGGAGGUGUUUGAGCUUGUCCCGGACGACGAGCGCCAGUGCGCAAAAUGCAAGACCACCUGCUUCCUGUCGGCUCUCACCUGUUCUUGCAACCCGGAGCGCCUGGUGUGUCUGCACCAUGCCGCCGACCUCUGCCACUGCCCGCUGAGCAACAAGUGCCUCAGGUACAGGUACGCCCUAGAGGAGUUUCCCUCUAUGUUGUACGGAGUGAAGUCUCGGGCGCAGUCUUACGACACCUGGGCUAAGAGGGUGACUGAGGCGCUGGAUGCGGAUCAUAAAAACAAGAAAGACCUGAUUGAGCUGAAGGUGCUGUUGGAGGACGCCGAGGACAGGAAGUACCCAGAGAACAACCUGUUCCGCCGGCUUCGGGAAAUGGUGAAGGAGGCAGAGACCUGCUCCUCGGUCGCCCAGCUGCUGCUCAGCCACAAGCAGAGGCACAGGCAGCGGCCGGAGAGCAGCCGGGGGAGGAGCAAGCUGACCGUGGAGGAGCUGAAGGCCUUCGUCACCCAGCUCUACUGCCUGCCCUGUGUGAUCAGCCAGGCCCGCCUGGUCAGGGAGCUGCUGGAGAACGUGGAGGACUUCCACGAGCGAGCGCAGGAGGCCUUGGCGGACGAGACGCCCGACUCCUCCAAGCUGCAGGCCCUGCUGGAGCUGGGCGGGGGGCUGGACGUGGAGCUGCCCGAGCUGCCCCGGCUGAAGCAGGAGCUGCAGCAGGCCCGCUGGCUGGACGAGGUGCGCCUGACGCUGAGCGAGCCCCACCGCGUCACCUUGGAGCUGAUGAAGAGGCUCAUCGACUCGGGCGUGGGCCUGGCGCCCCACCACGCCGUGGAGAAAGCCAUGGCCGAGCUGCAGGAGAUCUUGACCGUGUCGGAGCGCUGGGAGGACAAGGCCCGCACCUGUCUGCAGGCCAGACCGCGCCACAGUCUGUCCACGCUGGAGAGCAUAGUGAUGGAAGCAAAAAACAUUCCAGCCUACCUCCCCAAUGUCCUGGCUCUGAGAGAGGCCCUGCAGAAAGCCAAGGAGUGGAGUGCCAAGGUGGAAGCCAUCCAGAACGGGAGCAACUACGCCUACCUGGAGCAGCUGGAGAGCCUGCUGGCGCGAGGCCGGUCCAUCCCCGUGCGCCUGGACGCCCUGCCGCAGGUGGAGUCUCAGGUGGCCGCCGCCCGCGCCUGGAGAGAGAGGACCGCGCGGACCUUCCUCAAGAAGAACUCCACCUACAACCUCCUGCAGGUGCUGAGCCCCCGUCAGGAUAUCGGAGUGUAUGGGAACAGCAAGAGCAAGCGCAAGAGAGCCAAGGAGCUGCUGGAGAAGGAGAGGGAGCUCGACCUGGAAGGCCUGAGCGAUCUGGAUGAAGGAACAGAGGAGGCCAGGGAUCCUGCUACCGUGGUGGCCGCCUUCAAAACCAAGGAGCAAAAAGAAAUCGAGGCCAUGCACUCCCUGCGGGCGGCCAACCUGGCCAAGAUGGCCAUGGCGGACCGCAUCGAGGAGGUGAAGUUCUGCCUGUGCCGCAAGACGGCCAGCGGCUUCAUGCUGCAGUGCGAGCUGUGCAAGGACUGGUUCCACAGCGCCUGCGUCCCCCUGCCCAAGACGGGCUCCCAGAAGAAAGGCCUGGGCUGGCAGAGCAAGGAGGUGAAGUUCCUCUGCCCCCUCUGCCAGCGGUCCCGCCGGCCCCGGCUGGAGACCAUCCUCUCGCUGCUGGUGUCCCUGCAGAAGCUGCCGGUGCGGCUGCCCGAGGGCGAGGCCCUGCAGUGCCUGACGGAGCGGGCCAUGGGCUGGCAGGACCGGGCCCGCCAGGCGCUGGCCACCGAGGAGCUCUCGUCGGCCCUGGCCAAGCUCUCCGUGCUGAGCCAGCGGAUGGUGGAGCAGGCGGCUCGGGAGAAGACGGAGAAGAUCAUCAACGCCGAGCUGCAGAAGGCGGCUGCCAACCCAGACCUCCAGGGACACAUCCAGACCUUCCAGCAGGCCGGCUUCAGCAGGGUGAUGGGGGGGUUGUCCACCUCACCACGGCAGUCUGUAGAUUACGACGACGAAGAGACCGACUCCGACGAAGACAUACGGGAAACGUACGGCUACGAUUUGAAGAUCAGGAAUGGGGAACUCCAGUGCUUGAGGGCAGGAGUCCUUCACAUCUUACAGGAUCCUGGAAGCAUGAAGCCGUUCAGUGCUCUGGAGCCCAACCUGUUCUGCGACGAGGAGAUCCCUGUCAAAUCGGAGGAGGUCGUCAGCCACAUGUGGCCGGUCACGCCCUCCUUCUGCGCCGAGCACGCCUACUCCUCCGCCUCCAAGUCCUGCACGCAGAGUAGCAGCACCCCCCGGAAACAGCCCAGGAAGACCCCCCUGGUGCCGCGCAGCCUGGAGCCGCCGGUGCUGGAGCUGUCCCCCCCUGCCAAAGCCCAGCUGGAGGAGCUGAUGAUGGUGGGCGACCUGCUGGAGGUCUCCCUGGACGAGACCCAGCACAUCUGGAGGAUCCUGCAGGCCACGCACCCGCCUUCGGAGGAGCGCUUCCUGCAGGUCAUGGAGCAGGACGAAGGUCUGGUGGAGAAGCCGGUGAAACUCAAGGCUAAGGACCCGGAGAAGAAGAGGAAGAGGAGGCUGGAGAAGGCGGAGCAGCUGCUGCUGGCCAGCGAGGGGCGGAUCAAGUCCAAGGAGCAGAAGAAGGCAGAGGGCAAGCCCAAGAAGAAGAAGCUGAAGCUGAGCCCGGAGAAGUCCAAGGAGCUGAAGCAGCUGGCCAAGCGGCUGGCGAAGGAGGAGAAGGAGAAGAAGAGGAAGGAGAAGGUCGCCGCCAAGGCAGAAGCGGCCAGGGAGAGCCCAGAGAAGAAGCGGGAGAAGAAAGUGCUGGACAUCCCCUCGAAGUACGACUGGUCCGGCGCCGAAGACUCGGACGACGAGAACGCCGUCUGUGCCGCCAAGAACUGCCAGCGGCCCUGCAAGGACAAGGUCGACUGGGUCCAGUGCGAUGGCGGCUGCGACGAGUGGUUCCACCAGGUCUGCGUGGGCGUCUCCGCGGAAAUGGCCGAGAACGAGGACUACAUUUGCACCGCCUGCUCCAGGAAAGCCGCGCUGGGGGGGGUAUGCGGCGAGGGAGGCCGGGGCCUGCCCGUCUGCCCCCAGGGCCUGCCGCCUCUCUCACAGCAGCUGCCCGAGACGAGCUAGCGGCCGGCGACGCCUGGUCCAGCGACUCUCGGCACUGCCCGUUUGUUUUCGGGGCUCCUCCCAAAAUGGGGGGGCAGGGAGGGGUAGGUUGGUCUACCGACUUCUGAAACUUUCAGUGCUGGAGAAGCAAAAUGGAGGAAUAAGCUAACCAGUGAUGUGACUGAAGCACACCGGCAGCACAGUUCCUACAUUGCCAUCUUUAGAAACUGGAGGCUAUCGAGAGGAAAGGAGGCGUCGAUACUGCGGGUUCACUGUUCUGUACUACUGGACUAGCCUCCAAUAUGCAUUAUUGCUGACACACAGAAAAGCCUCCACCAUUAUGACGCUGCCUUAGGCAUGGAGUGUCGGAUCUUUAAGAGGAGUUCUGGUGGUUUUUGCUCAGAUGUGAACAUGUGAGGAGCUUUUCAGCACAAGCAAGCUACGGGUCCUUUUGUUCUUAGUGGCGUUACAACUGGGGCUUUGAAUCUUGUACAGCACCCCUCAAAGUAUCAGUGACCGGUUCGCCAAGAACUGUUCAGUCUGCAAAGCAGAAUCUGUGGCUGGCUACGGAAUUAUUUAACAAGUAUGUCGCAGUCCACCUCACGAGAGUCUGUAUCAACACAGAGCUAGGAUUUUAACUGUGUUUUGUAGGAGUGCCCCCAUUAUUUUCUUAGCCAAAACCAAUAACUGAUAUCCCAGCCAUGUUGGCCAGUUGUGUACUGAUGUGAUGUUGAUAUUUAGUGAUGGAUCAGGCAAGGUGCUUUAAUCUGAUGGAGCAAGGCUAUCAAUAGACAGACUCCUAUGGAAUAUAACCUUCAAUAAUAUUCAGGUAAGACCGUAUAUAUAUAUACUGUUUCAUUUGUGAUAGAAGCUCACAAACAGAAAAAAACAGUUAAAAUAUACCAGUUAAAAAAUCAGUUAAAAGCUGAAACCCGGUCCUUGUUAGCAAAUUAUGCAGUGUGUAAUUUUGCAGAUAACUUUACAAAGCUUUUACAAAAUAUUUUCUGAAGUGGUGAGAUCAAGUGGUGAAAUCAAAUCUGGGUUUGUUUGGCUUCUACCUGUAUGAAGUAGCACUGGAAAAAAAUAUUGUGAAAUUUGUGUAGGAGCGAUAGAAGGCUUUUCUCUGAGUUACCGUUAACCCAGUAUUGCCAUGAUUGUCUUCGAAGGUUAAGCACUUCUAGAAGAUUAACCCAUUUUUAGCCUGUCCUUCUGUGACAACUGCAGCAAAAGACAAUGUAAUGUUGGUCUCGGUGUGCUCACUGUGAUGGAGAUGCAGUGAGCCCACCAAGUCAGGCAUUAAAUGACAGUAGCUGCUGCUUAUUUGCAUAUUUUUUUACUCAUUUUCUCAUGAUCUGGUAUCAUUUAUUAGAUUAUAAUGUUAAAGCUGUUUGGAUAUUCACAACCAUAUACUAUAUUGACAAGGUCAUGCGUAUGAGUGCUGUACAAACGUAUGCAUUCCUGUCUGAAAUGCCUUCUGACUGUUGUAUGAAAUGAUUUCCAAGCAUCCACACCUAGUAUUAAUUUGCAUGACCUUCCUAUCCAAAACAAUUUACGUUUGUAACCAUUUAAACACCCGGGCAUCUUACAGAAGCAGUCGGAGUGAAGAGCUUUGCUCAAGGAUAAAAGUGCAGUGGCCUACCCUGGGCAAAUUUUCAUUCUGAGGUGUCUGAAUCCAAUGCUAAGUAGCCGUCUCUCAAUCUUUCAGCCUUCAAUUUGUGAAACAGUGCACAAACACAACUCAGAUUUACAACUGGAGCCGACAAAUCUGAAACAACAGUGUACACUGGGCAGCUCUCUUUUAAAUCUCUGGUAAUUCAGCAAUAACUACAAGUUACCCAAACUUUUACAUUUACUCAUUUCUAAGGGCUGAUAUAGGACAUUUGUGGACUUUUGAUUUGUACAAGUAAUGCACAGCCUUAUGUUAUGAUGUUUUUGGUAUAUUGGUUAGCACUGUAGUGACUGUAAAGAGCAGACAGCAGUGAAGUUAUUUCAUUUAAAUCAAUUUAAAUAGCGAGUGCAAGGUAACUUUUUUUUUCAUGGUUUAUUUUCUCAGUUUAAGGAAAAAUCUCAAGCAAUUUGUCACUGUUUCAUGUGUGUGCAGUUUGCAGAAUUUUAGACCGUGUAUUUGGGAACCAAGAGGUUGCUAAUAAGUGGUCUCUAAUACCUGUGUGGGAAUUAAAUCAAAUAUAGACAUCAAUAGGUGAGUGAUCAAUUGAGGCAAAGUAGCUGUGUAAUGUUUCCUUAUCAUCUUCAUGCUGAUAAGGAAGUUAGAUAUCAGUACACCAUAGCAUGUCGUGAAAGUGUUUAUGAUGUAAAUAAUCUUAAAGCAAGUUCAUGAGGAUCUGUCAGUAGCACAUUUGAUUUCCUUUUCUCGUUUAUGAAAUUAAAGCUCUUAUUCCUAGUAAGUGGAAACCUCCUAGUGUGAAUUCUUCCUGUGAUAGAUUCAAAGCCCUAGUUAUAACCUUAAACACAAUCGUUGUGUGUUAUUAUACUGCCAUUAGAAAUGUAGAGUUUUAAAAUGGAAAGAUGAGUGUGGUAUUCCGUCUUGUGUUAGACUGUAAUCAUAAAGAGGUGCUACUUAGGUUUAUCGGUGCCAGGCACUCAAUGAAAAAGAGCGUGGGGAAGAUUGCACUAACAUUUGUGCAGGUGAAAGUAUAUUUGUGGGAUUUGCUCCUUUAUAAAGGAGUCAGUCUGCUCAUAUAGAGGAUUUUAAAGCCUCCCACCCAUUAAGAAUGGAGCCUGGAAUAGUCUGGAAUCACGAGAGUCUUAGAUGGGUUUUUAUGACCUCUUGACUUCAGCAGGUAUGGUGUCAACCUCAGUACCUACUUUUAACCAAUUUCCAGUUUCAUUUCUACAAAAGCAAGAAAAGGGUGGUUUCUAGUGGGGAACUGGUUUGCAAGAAGGGAUUGGCACUGGGAAAACUGGUUUUCAAAUCUGGCAUCACAAGGAGACUAAAGCAGUGUGCUUGGCCCUUCUCAGUUCCCUGAGGAACUGAGUGGUCACUGAUGACAGAGUGAGUUCAGCUUUCAUUUGCAUCUGUUCUUUUAAAUACAGGUACAUAUUAUACAAUACAUAAAUAUAGAUCAUGGAAAAAAGUGGUUAUUUUUAAUUCCUCUCCAUUUAUGUUGCAUCCCAUAGAGAAAACCCAGUAGGCACUUUUGUCUGUAAACUCAUUGCUCUAAUUGAGAUAGCAGGUGGUUUCCGUCAUCUGAAUUCUGAAGUCUGUUGAAUUCAUGAUGAUGUAGCAAGAAGCCGUGAAAAGUAUAAAGAAGAAAUUUGAUGUUUCAGCUGUCGAAUCAACUCCCUUACACCUGAAAAAGACUCACCAGCCAGUGUUGUCUUUUUCGACUUUUCAGUGUGCAAUUAAUCUUCACUUGUUCCUGUUAAAUUCAGUCUAUAAUUCUGCUGAGGUUUUGUUCUGUGAAUUGUCGCUGUAUGAUGUUCCAUCUGUCUAUCACUGACGUGCAUGUAAAUGAGAAGGGCUGUAAGAGGGAUUAUCACUAGGUCCAUACAGUACAUAAAUUAAAGAUGUGGUCAAUUUUGACAUUUUCGUGUGCAGUGGGUGGCAAGUGUAGGGCAUUGAAAUACCCAUUGACUACCCAUUUCACCCUCUAGCACACACAAAAAAUGUCCCAACGUUUGAGGCGCCCAGUUUAUAUUAGAGGAAUUAAUAUGGUUUGUGGUUGGCCCAGGGUUCAUUUCUGGACCCUUGGGUGCUAUCCAUGUGGAGUUUGGAUGUCCCCCCUUUGUUCACAUUGGUUUCCAAAGACACAUUGGUAGGUUAAUUGGCUUCUGAAACAAUUGGCCCUGGUGUGUGUGUGUGUGUGUGUGUGUGUGUGUACUUUGAGAUGGACUGGUGUCCAGCGCCUGUUGCUUGCCGGGACAGGCUCAGACUCCCCCACGACCCUGUGUUUCAAUGAAGCAGCUAGAAAACGGAUGAAUUGCAAGGCCAAAAGACCAGAACAUCACAAAGAGUUUGAAAUAAAUAACCCCAUAUCUCCAUUUAUGUUGCUCAUUUUAUUAGUGAUAACAGUCAUUAAUUUGCCUGACCAAGCCUAAAAUCUUCAGUCCAGUUCUCAUUUUCCUUUGCUCUGUGCUUCAUCAUCCAUUGCAGGGUUCUCAAUUAGGCCCUCAAUAUGAAGGACUGGCGUUGCUCUCUAUGGAAACCAGCUAUUGUCCUCGAUUAGAGUUUAGCAAGCUUAGUGAAACAUCAGGCUCAUCAGAGAUUCAUCUCCCUCCUUCCUCUGGUCCCCUCCGCGGCUGCCAAGUCGGUUUGAGAAAGUUAUAGCAAUUAACUAUAAACACAUCUUCUGUUAAUGCUGGAUUGGGUCGGCACUCAUUAUCCUGUUGCGUUUGCGAGAUCCGCUUUCAUCCAGUCAUGUGUAAUAACAAAGAAAAAAAACAGCUUCGUGAAACCCAAGUCAUUCUAGUCCUGGAAGGGAUUUUCUCAAUAGCAUUCCAGCUAUCUCCAGGCAUUUUACAAUGCAAAAGGGAAUAACAAACAGGAUCUCGCAGUUCAUUCCCUUGAACUAGCCCAUACUGCUUUUAUUGUCUAGGGUCAAUUAAAAACGUUUCUGCUGUUAGUGGUGCAUGGAAACGUGAAGGCAUGUACAGUAACAGCAUAGUUUUCUCUUAGUGAGAGCCUUCAGCUCCUGUUUUGUGUUGGAGAAUGCAUGAUGUGUUGGGCCUUCAUUGUAGUACGGACAAUAACAUGGCACAGUCUACUAAGAGUAAGACUGAAAGGGAUAUGCGUCCCUCGAUCCAGUGCAACAGCAUCGUUUAGAUUUCCCCCUCCUAUUUAUAUCCUACGAAUCCUACUUUGUGCAUCAGUAGUGUUCGUCUGAUUAGUCUUUUGGCAAUUAUAAAGCUUGGAAGGGUAUUGCAGACGCUAGGCUGGGAUUUUCAUUUGGACCAGUUCAGAGGCAAAGUCAGUUACUGGCCUCGCGUGUUCUGAACAGGAAAACUGUUAAACUUGCAGUUUGCAUGGGUGCUGUGUAUUAGAGAGUUUUGCGCAAUGAAAUGUCAGGGGUGCGGGGGCAUACUUGAACUCCACCUGCCCAUUUACUGCCACUUAAAAGAAAAUUAAAACCAGAAAUGUUUGAAGUCGCAUCAGGCAUUUAUAAUUUAGCAUGCUAAUUUAUAAUUCAAAUACAUCCUGAAAUAUGUCAACUACAACUGAUGGUAGUAGUGUGGCCCACAAGUCAUCUUUCAUGUGGAUGUAUCGGUUCCUUGUUGUGCACUCAUUUACAUUUAUAUAUAUUUUAAAUUUAUCAACACAUUGUAGUAGAGGUAAAAUAUAAAUAUCCCACUUCCCCCACUGCAAAAAAAAACAAAAAACGAGCACUUCCAGAUUUUGGGAUCUUGGAUAUGUUUGGUGCAUUCAGAUUUUCAUUUAUUAAUUUACUCUUGAUAUAAUUAAAACAGGCUAAAAUCCCAUUUGGCUCAUUAAAGUUUUUGAUCUUCAUAACGCCAGAGAAGAGUGUACUUUAAAUGUGGGAGGAAUUUAAAACAAUCACACAAACUGAAAUGAGCAAAUCUGCUGUUUUAAAGAAUUAAUGUGAUCUGUAUGUGGGUAUUGUAGUCAUUGGAACCUCAGCAGCUGGGGAAGAUGUCCCUCCUCUGGUCCAAAUGGAUGUAUUUAAGAUCUGGAUCCUUAGUAUGUGGGAGGCAAAGAGUGUCCUGUUAUAGGUCAGAGUUUGAAAGCUCCUUUGGGUCUUUGUGAAAAAUGUAUUUUUUCCAGUUUGCAACUCCAAAUUGUGUAACUUUUAAAUAAAAGAAACAUAGCUUGAAGUGGAAGAGAUUAGUGAUGGGAAAACCAACUUUCAGUUUGAUUUGUCUUUCAUUUGGGUGAGUAUAGAGCUGUACUCUACCACAGAACAUGAUUGUGAGGGGUCUUCAGGAAAAGCCUGAUUCCGAGAUGGGGAAAAACCUCACCGGUUUAGAUCGCUACUCUCUUGUUUUCACCACUCAUGCUGUUCCAUGGAUCUACUGUGCUGUAUUUGUACCCCAGGUAGGUUUUCAACUCCUUGAAUGAGUUCUUCUGCGUUAUUCCUGCACUGCGGGAUUCAUCUCAUGAAGAGCCUGUGCAAGGCAAGGGCUCUGGAAUAAGCCAGCUCUCCCCCGUCUUUAAGGAGGAAUUAAUUUGGAACGUGGCAGAACUACUUGGUGGAAUCCACACGGGCUGGUACCGACUGCCUCUUCCAGCCACUGAGCAAGCAAGUGUUUGAUUUGCGUAUGCCUGCGUCCCUCUGACUCUGACGUCUGAAAACGACCAUAGACGCAAAGUAUUGGAACUCCCAAAGCCACUGUUGACUAUUUCUUUAGUGGAACGGGGAAGAAAAUCGUUGCCUCUGGACUACAAAAAAAAAGAGCAAAAACAACAAAUAACAUGUACAGUCCACCACUGAUUAAUGUUUUCAUGACGCCUCUCCUUCCUUGCCCUUUGACAUUUGAUGAAGCAGAGAGAAGUCUUUCAAGGCUGUUUGUAUGGGACGUGUCUUUGUAAUAUAAAAUUUUGUUAAUUUGUAUAUGCUUACUAUAUAUAGCAUACUGUAAUGUAGUUGUAUCAUAUUUAUUGUAGUCGUUUCUUUCAUUGAGGAAAGGUUGUCAAAACAAUAAAGAUUUGUUUUUCUGCUUUACAGUUGCA